CGUAUUUUGAAAGACAGCCGACAACCACAAGAGGGUGGAAAUUUGGCAUUUAUGCAUAUAAUUUGGAUUGAAAAUGGAAUUUACGCUAUUCUGCUGUCCCUUUCCAAUUUUAGUUUUGUGCAUUGGAGGGCGGUAAUAACAAAAAGAGUUCAAAAAGACAACACUAAGCGGUAAAACCACCAUUUAUCAUUGUUUUGACAGGCUACCACACUCUUUGCUCGACGGAUUUACUUUCCUUCUAAGUUACUCAGAUUUUCCUUCAAUCAUUAUAAAUGAAAACCCUUUUCUUCUAUUUUUCAAAGCCAAUUAAGUUCUAAAUUUUAUUAUCGGUAGAGAUGGCGGGAUCUUCGUGGCCUACUAAAGCCCAGUUACACGAAAUAAGGAAUAAAGUUUCUGAAAUUUCUGGGAGACAUGCUGAAGAAGUUCAAGUUGUUGUCUCUCCUUAUCGUAUUUGUCCUUUGGGAGCCCAUAUUGAUCAUCAGGGGGGAAUUGUUUCUGCUAUGACAAUCAAUAAGGGAAUACUUCUAGGUUUCGUACCUUCCGGUGACAGUCAGGUUUUUAUACGUUCAGGACAGUUUAAAGGAGAUGUUAGGUUCAGAGUUGAUGAAAUUCAACAACCGAGGAAUACUGUUAAGAAAAUUGAUCUGACCCAUGCAAGUGAUACUGCCAAAGUACAAGAAGCCAGUGGCUGGGGAAAUUAUGCUAGAGGGGCUGUUUAUGCACUGCAGAGCAGGGGGAAGUAUCUGGCCCAGGGCAUUAUUGGAUACAUCUGUGGUUCUGAGAAUCUUGACAGUUCUGGACUUAGCUCUUCAGCUGCCGUAGGAGUUGCUUAUCUGUUGGCUUUGGAAAGUGCAAAUAAUAUGAAAGUAUCUGCUAUUGAUAAUAUAGAAUUUGAUCGAUUAAUUGAAAAUGAAUAUUUGGGUCUAAGGAAUGGCAUACUUGAUCAAUCAGCUAUAUUGCUUUCAAGCUAUGGCUGUCUAACAUGCAUGAACUGCAAGACUAAAGAGUACCAGCUUAUACGUCCAUCAAAACUGCACAACAGCCACAAAAUAUUAUUGGCAUUUUCAGGCUUGAAGUGUAACUUGACAACCAAUCCUGGGUAUAAUUGCCGAGUUGCAGAAUGUCAAGAAGCAGCAAGAGUUCUCUUGCGUGCCUCUGGAAAAGAUGAAGUUGAGCCUCUCCUGUGUAAUGUCAAACUAGAGGAUUAUGAAGCUCACAAGUGCAAACUCAAGCCUAUUCCAGCUAAAAGAGCAGAACAUUAUUUCUCUGAGAAUAUGCGGGUUAUAAAAGGACUUGAGGCUUGGGCAUCAGGCAACUUGGAAAACUUUGGGAAGCUUAUCUCAGCUUCUGGUCUGAGUUCCAUCCACAAUUAUGAAUGUGGUUGUGAGCCAUUGAUAAAACUGAAUGAGAUCCUUCAGAAAGCUCCUGGAGUUUUUGGUGCCCGGUUUAGUGGUGCUGGAUUUAGAGGAUGUUGUCUUGCAUUUGUAGAUGCAAGUCGAGCGGAGGAAGCUGCAGCGUAUGUCAGGGAAGAGUAUUCUAAGCACCAACCAGAGUUAGCUAGUCAGUUGAAUCUGGACUCUGCUGUAUUAAUUUGUGAAGCAGGGGACUGUGCUCGUGUAAUCUGACCAGAUUUCACUUUUCUUUUGCACAAUUGCAUUAUAUUUUCAUUUGUUCAAUUUAAUUUGUUGAAUUGUGUAUCUUGUCUGAAACUGCUUCUCCACAAAAAUUAAAUGGAACUGGAUUCCAAAACGUGGAACACUCUUUCAAUGUUUAUACUUUUCUUUUUGACAA